CAGGAUUUCUAAGAGCUGCUGCAGAGCAGGUUUGAAGCCUGGUCCUGCCACGUGGCUGUCAGGAGAACACUCAACUAUCAACAGUGCUUCUGGCAAUCAGCACUCUGGUAUUGCUUAGGGUUCAGCUUCUUUCUGGCUGAAGGUCUUGGUGUGUACAGCUGCAACUGCUCUGCAGAAACCAUAGAUAAUUGGUUUAUCUAUGGAAAACCAUUCACUGGGAUGCCCAGUGAAUGUCCCAGUGAUAGCUCAGCUGGGCAGCAUCACGGCUUACUUGCUGCCCUACUCCCAGGUGACACUAUGUGGCAUGCCUAUUGCUGGCUUGUUCUGCCAUAGAGAAGUGCUCCUUGCACCUGAUCUGCAUUUCCAAGGCUCUUUCCAAAGCCCUGUAUGGGGCUCAAAUGAGAUCUGAGAGUGAUUUUGUAUAGCCAUCAGUCUCUUCAGGACCAUCUCCAGCAUUUUUUUUGCCAUUUGUCAGUUUGAGAAGAAAGGAAACAAGAAAUAAUGACAAACUCAAAUUAUUGCCUAAUCAACACAGAAAUCAGUGCUGCUUGCUCAGCCCGCAGGCCACAAUUAGAUGCCAUCAGCAAACUCGGGCAGCUUGCCUGGGCUGCAGUCUUUAAUCUCUGGAAGACUGACAGGCAUCUCUCGGAUCUGCAGGCAGAGGAAGGAGAUGGAAUCCAUUUGAAGGACUUGGCUCCUGGGGAAGGAACACAUGGUUCAAAACCAUGGAAAAAGGAAGGUUGUGUUUAAUAUAACACUAAAGGAAGCACUAUGCCAGAGGAGGGGAUGUUAAGCCUGCAGCUGAGGGCUGUAGUGCCAAGGUCUCUAGCCCCCUCUCUGGCACCAACUCAGGGCACUGCCCUAGUCCAUGCAGCACCAGCUUGCCUUGUCUUGCCAAGAGGACAAGCUGGUUAAAUCACCAGGAAAUGAUGAGAUGUGUCAGUUCUAUAUCCCUGUAGAUAUAUGGCAGCUUUGGCAGAGUCAUUGCAUGCCUGUGCAUGAUCUUGACUCUUGGUUGGAAGCAUCUAUCUUCCUCUCUCUCUUGGGACUGUCACACAGACUUCUUUCCACCAACAAAGAGCAGGACCUGCGCCCAAUGGCUCAGGCUGUCUUGGCAUCCUUGGUACUGGCAUUGGGGAAGGGCAUUUGCAGAGCUGGACCAGAGGUUAGAGGAAUAGGAUGUGAUGCAGGCAGGAAGGCUGCCAGGGUGGCAAGGUCAGGAUGCCUGGCCCAGCUCCAGGAAGGGGAUAGGAAGGGGUGUGGGGCAGGACUGAGCAGGGGGCUGGACACCCAGGCUCCAUAGCCAGGAGUCCCAGGGAGGGAGGGCUCAUUACUGCUGUGAGCUGCUGGGAAAAGAGUUGCUGGAGCCCCGUCCUUCCUCCCAGAGAGGAAGGAGGGUGAGAGCACAAUGCAAGCCUGGAGCCUCCCGCGUCUGAAAUGUGAUCCUGCUGGAGGCACCUCCCUGGGCCCCACCUUGCGCUCCCCAACAUAUAUAUGUCACCCGCCAAGGGCACAGGGGACGUGGACUGACACACUGUGCCGAGGCCCCAGGCAUCCCUGCGGAUGGAGCGGCCGAGGCACCAGGGGAUGGCAAAGAACACCUACAUGCGCUGGCGGCUCCCACUCGUCUGCCUCCUCUGGGAGGUGGCAAUGAUCAUCCUCUUCGGUAUCUUUGUGCACUUUGGCCCUGAAGCUGAUGCGCACUGGGAGGAAGAGAAGCAUGAGAUGAACCUUACCAGUGACAUUGAGAAUGAUUUCUACUUCCGAUACCCCUCUUUCCAGGAUGUCCACGUGAUGAUCUUUGUGGGCUUCGGCUUCCUCAUGACAUUCCUCAAGCGUUAUGGAUUCGGAGCCGUGGGAUUCAAUUUCCUCCUUGCUGCCUUUGGGAUCCAGUGGGCUCUUCUGAUGCAAGGCUGGUUCCACUCUUUCCAGAAUGGGAAGAUUCUUAUUGGAGUGGAAAACCUGAUCAAUGCUGAUUUCUGCGUGGGUUCUGUGUGCGUUGCCUUUGGGGCCAUCCUGGGCAAAACCAGCCCCAUACAGCUCCUCAUCAUGACUUUGUUUCAAGUCACACUCUUUGCGGUGAAUGAGUACAUCCUCCUCAACCUGCUUCACGUUAAGGACGCAGGUGGCUCCAUGACCAUUCACACCUUUGGAGCCUACUUUGGCCUCACCGUGACACGUAUCCUGUACAGACCCAACCUGGAGCAGAGUAAAGACAAGGAAGGCUCUGUGUACCACUCCGACCUCUUUGCUAUGAUCGGUACCCUGUAUCUGUGGAUGUACUGGCCCAGUUUCAACUCAGCUAUUUCUGAACAUGGGGAUGCCCAGCAUCGGGCUGCCAUUAACACAUACUGCUCCCUGGCUGCUUGUGUCCUCACCACAGUGGCCUUCUCCAGCAUGCUGCAGAAGAAAGGCAAGCUUGACAUGGUCCACAUCCAGAAUGCAACGCUGGCUGGUGGUGUGGCUGUGGGCACAAGCGCGGAGAUGAUGUUGACUCCAUAUGGCUCCCUCAUUGUUGGGUUCAUCUGUGGCAUUGUGUCCACAGUGGGGUAUGUCUACCUCACGCCUAUUUUGGAGUCCAAGUUGCACAUCCAGGACACAUGUGGCAUCCACAACCUCCAUGGCAUGCCAGGCCUUAUAGGGGGCAUUGUGGGAGCCAUCACUGCAGCUGCAGCUACAGAGGAUGUAUAUGGAAAGGAAGGGUUUAUCAAGGCAUUUGACUUCACUGGCAGCUACAAGACACGGACACCCAGCAUGCAAGGAGGGUUCCAGGCAGCUGGCAUUGUGGUUUCUCUGCUGAUGGCUUUCGCUGGGGGAACCCUUGUGGGAGCCAUCCUGAAGCUGCCCAUCUGGGGCGAUGCGGCCGACGAGAACUGCUUCGAGGAUGACAUCUACUGGGAGGUGCCCGAGGACGAGGAGAGCGACGCGUACCACAUGCACAACCCCGACAAGGCCGCCUCGCCCUGAGCCGCCAUGCUGCCGGGCUGCCACCGCCUCAGCGGGGGUUGCCCCCGGCGCGGGAAGAUGGCGGCCGCCGUCCUCAGCCGCACCGCCCUGCCCGUGUGGAGAGAGACUCCUGGGGAAAGCUGGUGAAGGAAAACAUCCACUUCUCCGGUGGCUCACUUUUGUAAUUAGUUCUUGUGAAUAAAAUAAAAGCGUGGCUCUUUUUCAUAGUAUAGGCCCCCGAUGCAGGCAGAGGGCAGUGGGGCACGGCAUGCAGGCUAGGGCUGAGCCCCUGGGCUGUGAUUUGGGGUAAGUGGUGUGGGGUGUGGGAGCUGCCCCUGCGCUUAUAGUGCUGCCCAAGGCCUGCUUUUAGAAUCACAGAAUACCCCGAAAUGGAGGGGACCCAUAUGGAUCAUUGAGUCCAACUCCUGGCUCCACACAUAACCACAUAAAAUCAGACCAUAUUCUUGUGCUGCCCACCAUCAUUUCCUCUUGACUUCUUUACUGAGACCUCCAUCAGCUCUUUGUGAGGCUUGUUCACAUGUAACCUGCAGGCCAGCAAGGCCCUUUCCUCUUCUACUGUUACAUCCAUUUGUUCCAGUAUCAUCAGUGGGGCCACAAGAACCUGAUGAGGUUCAACAAGGCCAAGUGCAGGGAGCUGCACUUAGGUCAAGGCAAUCCUAGAUAUGUCUACAGACUGGGAGAAGAACCCACUGAGAGCAGCCCUGCGGAGAAGGACCUGAGGGUCCUGGUGGAUGAAAAGCUGGACAUGAGCCCACAGUGUGUGCUUGCAGCCUGAAAGGCCGACAGUAUCCUGGGCUAUAUCAACAGAGA